AUGAUCGCGAUUACUGCCGCUGGACCUAUCUUCGACGGCGUUGUGUUCGUCGUCGUCGGCUUUCCCGCUUCCUUCGCCGCCGCCGUCGGCAGCGAGCUUGGCGACGACGCCACAACCUCCGUCGGCUUGCUACCACUGCUUCCCGGAGACGAAAUUGCUCCGCCGGAUCCUGGGAUUGUGGGGUCCAGCGACCCGGAUUUGCAGGGUUGA